CUGAUAUGUUACAGAGCUCCAUUCAUUACAAAGUGAACAAGUGUCGUGUGAUGUAAAAUUUAAAAAUAAUAACAAAUUAUGGAAACGUGCACGUGGUGUUAUAUUUUCUGAUAUUGGCAAAUUACUGACGAACAUUCCAGAUUACUACGUUAAGAAUCCUAAUAGCAAAUCUCUGGAAUCAUGGAAAUCGAACCAGAGAGACGAGGCAGCAGGAGCAGGGCUCUAGAAAGAUCCCUCAGCUACUCAGAAGCCAUUGGCAACUGGUCUGGUAGGUCUUCUAUAGAAAUCCCAAGUAUGGUGAACACAGACGUCUACGCAAACGAAGAACUGAAGAAACACUACCGCAUCUCUCAAACAUACGUCGAAGGCAAAGAGAUCAGUUUCCCUUCAGCCGGUGCGUAUAUCGAUAUGAACGAGAUACCAGCUAAAGUCGAAGUGUUGGCUUCCUCCCAGUACUCUAGUGAAGACGAACAAACUGACUCUGGACUAGUCAUGACCAUAGAUGUAGAAGAAAGUAUCAGGAGUUCUGAAGUGAAACCUCUUUCUGACGCGUCUACUCAACCUAUGGUCAGUUCGGAGGUAACUACCGAUAUUUAUGAUAGGAUUGAGGUUGCUGAUAGUAUAUUUGAUGAAAGGACCAUUGGACCGUCAGCAGUUGGGUAUUCGACGCCUUAUAGCAAGAGAAAGCGGAGGAGCAGUAGGCAUAGGCGGAGACCAGGUCGACCAACGCGCUCUAGACGAGCUGUGUACAAGAAUGGCGAUGAAAAUGUACCCAUCCGCAGAAAUAUUCCAGCAAAGUCUAUUAAAUACAUGAGAGAUCUCGUUAACACUGUGAUUAACAGCAAAUGGCGCUUCAUCAUACUCCUGAUGGUGAUAGCGCAUUUCGUGUUCUGGUUCAUCUUUGCCGCUAUAUGGUAUGCAGUGGCAACGUCAUACGCUGAUGAUAUAGGAGACGGGAAGGAGCACUGUGUUACUGGUACUUCGUCCUUCGCUGGCCUGCUCUUGAUGACGGUUGAAACUCAGAUGACCAUUGGCUAUGGAGUGAGAUAUCCCAACGAAGAAUGUCCUGAAGCUAUAAUUAUCAUGGUAUUUGAGAUUGUAGCCGGCACUGCGCUAUCCGGAGGUCUCUCUAGUUUGCUAUUCACUAAACUCGUGAGACCAAAUAGACACGUAUCAUCAGUCGGAUUCAGUAAGAAAGCCACGGUAUGUAUGCGAGAUGGUGAACUGUGCCUUCAAUUCAGGGUGUGGGAUCUCCUGCAUCUGAACAUCGUGGGCAGCACCAUCACAGCGUACAUGCUAAAGCCUAUAAGGACUCUAGAAGGCGAGCUAGUUCAAAACUACAUUCACCAGCUGGAGCUCAAGGAAGCGAGGGCGUUCCUCCUCUGGCCUAUCACUGUGGUCCAUGUCAUCAAUGCCGAGAGCCCUCUCUACGACUUUUCUGCCCAAGACAUGAUCGAUUACAGGUUUGAGAUUGUGGUGUGUUUAACUGGUUCUUCAAAGAAUAUGGGCACGAUGACGCAGAGCAGGACCUCCUAUCUAUCAAAAGAAAUAAUAUGGGGGUACAGGUUCAAGAAUGUACUGCACUAUUCAAAAGAACAUGAAGCUUACACCAUUGCUGUUGAAGACCUUGACUCCGUAGAACAAGUGGAUACACCUCUCUGCAGCGCCAGCAGGUUCAAGGAGUUCGAAGAAGACAUCAGGACCUCCUCAAAUCUCCUCACGCCGCCCAUCUCCAUGACUCCUACCAACUACUCCGCUGAAGAUUCAUCGACGCUAUCCAAAGUGGAGGGAAGUAUACCGUCCUCUCCAAGUUUAAAUCGCAUGGGAGGAACAAGGAGGAGUUUUGGAUGGAAUUUCCAGAGGUUCCAGCCAGAGAAAUAUAUUAAUACUGAGAUGGAACAGAAGUUGCAGUAAUUACUUCAUCAAUUUGUAUGUCGUAACCUAUUUUAGAAUUAGAAUUAAUAGUCUUUAGCCGAAUUAUCUAUUCUUAGUGCACGUGUACUCGAUAAUAUAAAUUAUUUAAAAGUA